CAACAACAACAACAAUAACAAAACCAAUGUUGCAAACAAGAAGAGGAAGACCCUCUCUUGUUGGAUAUGCAAUGGUCCUCAUCUUAAGAGGGAUUGUCCUUCUAACAACAAGAAGAAGACAAAGAACACACAACCUAGUGUUGUUCAAAACCAAGGUUGAUGAUUCUUGGUGGAUAGAUUCGGGAGCCUCUAGACAUGUGUGCAAUAACAAGGAUUUCUUCAAGUCUUUGAAAGAUUUGGAUGAUGGUCCAAUCUUGUAUAUGGGGAAUGAUUCUACGGUAAAGGCUAGAGGCAUAGGCCAAGUAGAAUUGUUGUUAACCUCGGGAAAGACUUUAACUCUCCGGGAUGUUGUGUAUGUACCGGAAGUUAGGAAGAAUCUUGUGUGAGGUCUCUUGAAUAAGUAUGGUUUUAAAGUUGUUUUUGAGUCGGAUAAAUUUGUACUUUCCAAGGGUGGUAUUUUUGUUGGACAAGGUUUCUUUUGUAAUGGAAUGUUUAAAUUUAGUAUUGAUAAUAAAAUUGGUACUAGUUCUAUUUA